AUGGAAAUAGAGGAUCAGGGUGCAAUUUCAGUCAUCAACUCACCUUCCAGUACCAUCAGCUUCAUCUUCGAGUUUGCCGAAACUGACCCAGAAGUGCUUAUUGAGGAUGACAACGGAAACCGAGUACAAGGAACUGGUAACCAGCUUAACCAGGUGGCCUUUUGUUCAUCUCUGACAGAGAAUAAUUCAUACAUAACCGCUGAGAAAUCACCAAAAGAGGAAUCUGGAUUCUCAAGUAAUGGUAAUGUUACACACCAAACAAUAUCAAGCAAUGUUGUUGGAAAAAUUAAACGAUUUUCGGCUGGGAGAAAAUCUCAAGAAUCAAAUUUAAUACAAACAUCAAUUUUUGAUGCAGAACAACCAUCAACUGUAAAUCCACCUCAGACAUCAAUUUCAAAAUCAAAAGAAACUUCAGUCAGGAAUGUGCUGCAUUCAUCAACAUCUAAUUCACUUCCACAAGCAACUUCAAGUAGAGGCCACAGGCCAUCAACAGCUACUAUGAACUUGUCAAAUGGUGUAAUGAUACCAAGACCUUUAAACUUCCAAAUUCCAAGGAAAGAUGUUUGCGAAGAGAAAAUUUCCAAAAAGAGACAGUUAGGAAUACCAGAUGUGGUUAAAACUGGCCCAAAUAACAAUAACCACAAGACCAUUAUUUGUGAAGAGGACAUUUCCAACAAGAGACGGCAACUAGGACUAGUAAUGGCAAAAACAUUUGCAAGUAACAACAAACACAAGACCAUUGAAGCUAAAAGAAGCCAGUGUAGUCAGAUAACCAGUUCUACCAAACUGGCUCUUUUGAACUUUUUGAAAAAGAAAUCCUCUGGAAAUGGUGUAGUUGCAGAUGUUGAAAAUGGGAGAACUCAUCUUGAGGAGCAAAUUGUUUCAAUUGUUCAAAAAGAGAGCAGUGGUGUUGAAAUAGAAGAACCUCAUUCUGAUGAGAUGCCCAGUUGUGAGAAUGAGGUGGAACAGAUAUCCACAAGAAUAGUUUUCCAAGAAGAAGUUCCUACCGCUGAAUUCAGCAGCACAAACCAAGUUCAAAGUGACCAGAAUGCUGAUAAGACAUCUGAUCAGGAUAGUUCGAAUGAAGCACAAAUUGACUGUGCCAAUCAGUUAGAUGUUGUUGGAUUGAACACAGACAAUGAUGAAGAACACAAGAAAGGGGGCAACAAUUCUCAAACUGUACCAAAAGGUUUGAACUUUAUUAAUUGGUCUAUUACCUUUAGUGUUCUUCUGCUAGUCUGACCUGACACUCACCCCAAUCCCAUAAGGGGAUUUUUACCUCUCCAAGAGGGUUUCUAGGAGGGGGGGGGGAGUGCUUCAUAGCCUGCUGACUACCAUACUGUCCUUUUGCCUCAAAAUUUAUUCAAGGGGCCAGUAUCACAGUCAGAUUUACUUCUUCACAUGUCACAAUGUCACAAACUUGAUUACAAAUUCAUAUCAAUAGUAUACUUUAAAAAAAUGUUUAAAAAAGUGAGAAGUGAUACCCCAUCUACUCAAAUCUCUUUCCACUGAACUGAAGCAAUCUACAGUCAAACCUGUAUUAAGUGGCACUGUAUGAGAUGGUCACUCUGUAUCAAUUGUCAAAGUCGUGAAGUUGUUCCCACUUAAUCAAUGUAAUUUUCACAUCUUUUAGAAGCAGUCACCUCUGUUAAAUGGUUGCAGUCAUCCUUAACUAACUUGUUACCUACUUAAUCAAUGCAAUUUUCACAUCUUUUAGAAGCAGUCACCUCUGUUAAAAGGUCGCAGUCACCCUUAACUAACUUGUUUCCCACUUAAUCACUGUAAUUUUCACAUCUUUUAGAAGCAGUCACCUCUGUUAAAUGGUCACAGUCAUUCUUAACUAACUUGUUACCCAAUUAAUCACUGUAAUUUUCACAUCUUUUAGAAGCAGUCACCUCUGUUAAAUGAUAGCAGUCAUCCUUAAAUAACUUGUUACCCACUUAAUCACUGUAAUUUUCACAUCUUUUAGAAGCAGUCACCUCUGUUAAAUGGUCGCAGUCAUUCUUAACUAACUUGUUACCCUCUUAAUCACUGUAAUUUUCAAAUGUUUUAGAAGCAGUCACCUCUGUUAAAUGGUCGCAGUCAUCCUUAACUAACUUGUUACCCACUUAAUCACUGUAAUUUUUACAUCUUUUAGAAGCUGUCACCUCUGUUAAAUGGUUGCAGUCACCCUUUACUAAGUCCCAACAGUCUGUUUUUAUUGUUUUUCACCUGUAUUGAAUGGUCACUGAGGUAGAACCACUCAGAUAUAGCUAAGAAUAAUCUUUUAUGUAAUUUUGAAUCCAUACAUGUUUCUCUCCCAAAAUCAAAGGAAGUCGUAUUUUUGAACAAGAUUAUGUACAUUAAGUGAUCAAUUAUGGCAUAAAGCUGAAUUUUUUUAUUGUUUUUUUUUAUAAUACCCAUAAUCUGUGGAACCUGUAUAAAGCUGUCACCCCUCCAUUUCCCAUGGGUGACUGCUAAAUACAGGUUUGACUCAUUGUAUUAAAGCUAAGGACUACUUGGCACACAAACUGGCAAUAUUAUUCUGCAACCUUUGCAAAAUGCAUUUUUGUAAUGUAACUACCCAUUAGCUUGCAGCUUAAGUUUGACAAGUGUUCAAGGAUGAAAGUAUGUUGUUGAAAAAAUAUGCUGCUGUACCCUGUAAAGAAGGUCUGUGGCAAAAGUGUUCGAAAGUGUAACUUUUUCCCUACAUCUCAAUUGUGGCAAAAACCUUCACUGCUUUCCAAUUUUACAGAAUUCCAUUUCUUUACAGUGGCUGCUUUUGUUACAAGUAAAGGCUGUUUAGUGCCCUGUACUCAGGUCUCCUUGGCAAGGCCAAGCUUGGCACAUUUCAGUGUAACAUUUAAAUUCAUCUUUUAGAAGCAGACAACACUACUGCUGAUGUGCUGCUCUGUGAUGAAUCAACUCCUUCCAUUCAUGAAAUAGAUGUCGUUGUCCAUCCCUCUCUCCUGCAACCAACAGAAAACUGUGAAAAUAUGAAGAAAAUUGAGAGACAACAAGGAACAGGUAACUUAUAAUAAUAUAUUCGUUUGCUGGUUACAAGAUUAGGACUGCAGUACGGUUCCUUUUACUGGUAGUGUAGGAAUGGUAGAAUAUAAUGAACUGGUCAAUGGGGUUUCGGAAUUUCAGACCAAAUGGAAGAGUUUUUCUUUAAGGAAUAGGUCUGUUUCUCUUCUUAAAUACUUUUCAGAUUGAUCUAGUUUAGGCCAUUUUCUCUGCUGAAUCUUUUUCAAAUAUCCCUAAAUCCUUUUACUCUCAUAAGUGACCAAGACAGAGUUUCUUCUUAUAAUAUACAGUUGAACGUAUAUUAAGCAAUCACCCACUGGGAAUGGCGAUUGACGGCUUGAUGCAGGUUCCACGGAAUAGGGGUGUUGUAAAAAACGAUAAAAAAAAGCGUCAUUUUGUGCUACAAUCGACCACUCAAUGAACCAAAACUCGCUCAAAAAUACUACUGUCGGUGGAGAGACGUGAAUUCAAUAUAGUUGAAAGCUUACUCUAAGCUUUAUUGAGUGAGUGGUUCAGUAAAUGGUGACCACGACCGCCUAAUGGAGGUGACCCCUUAAAAAAGGUGACAAUUACAAGGGGAAACAAUUUCGGGGCUUUGACAGCUGACUGCUAUACACAGGGUGACCGCUGAGUACGGUGCUGCUUAAUACAGGUUCGAUAGUAUAUCAAAAUAAUAUUAAGCAGACAAGUGAUGAGGAAAAAGUAAAUGUAAAUGAGAGGAUUAUUAGUUGAUCCGAUACCAAAUUCUCGUAGCUAACAUCAUAACAAUUGUAUAACAGAGAGUAAAGAGGAUUUCUGAUAAGAUCUUGGUAGUAAAAGGGUGAAGAAUCGCCAUAAGUCGUACCUACCACUUAUCUGAGUAGGGCGUAAUGUUUCUAUCUUGUAAAUUAUUCUAGAUUCGUGUGCUGCCAUGGUGUGCAAUCUCUAUUUCCAAUUUGUUUAAAUCCACAGGCGUCAAGAAAAAGAAGAAAAAUAAAUCUUUGGAGUGCAAAGAAUGUGGAAAAAUGCUGGCAUCAGCUACGACAUACUUGGAACACAUGAAUAUUCACUAUGAUCGAAGACCGUACAAGUGCGACGAAUGUGGCAAGUCUUUCCGCCAGCGACACCAUAUUGAUCAGCACAAAAUUGUGCACACCGGGAAGAAACCCUUCGUUUGUCAAUAUUGCGAUAAAGCUUUCGCCAGGAGCUACAACAUGAAAGAUCACGAGCGAAUCCACACAGGAGAAAAGCCUUGUAAAUGUAGUCAUUGCGACAAAACGUUUCGUCGACGGCGCGGUUUGAGGGAACACGAAACAAAUGUUCACCAUCUUCAUAUGCCACGCAACAAGCUUGGGAAUUUGAAAGAAAAAAAGGUUUAUACAUGUAAGAUUUGUGCCAAGACGUUUACGUGGUCAAGUGCGCUUUCUACCCAUAAGAAAACUCAUUCUGAUAUUGCGCGAUAUAAAUGUCCCAAAUGCAAGAAGGCUUUCAAGAAUAACAGUUUAUUAUGGAAUCAUGUGAAAACCCAUUCAAAGGAGAAGCCAUUUGAGUGCGAUAUUUGUGGGCAAAGAUUAAAACGGCGAGGAAAUCUCAAAAGACAUAUUUUAACCCAACAUGAGCCAGAGGAGGCCGAAGAAUGUCUCAAAACCAGCAAAGAGUUUGAAUACUUGCGUCGGAAGAAAUCUGGCUGAAGUGAUUUGCUUUGUAGCUCGUCCUAUUUAGACAACAUAUGUUUUUGAAUGUCCAUGGUUAUGCUUGGAGGAAAGCAGUUCUGUUCUUGUACAGUCAGUCGAGUCUAUGAAACAUUCAACAAUUCAUGACACGCAGAAAUGUAGCUUUUCAAUCACAGAAUGUGUUCCAUUAAAAAAUUGCGGUUGAGAAAUGAUGUGAUCACAUCUUA